AUGUCAAUAUUAUUUGUAAUCUUUAUCGCAUUUCGGAGUACUCCGAAGAAAAUGGUUAGAUAUCGAGUUCACAUAAUCGAUAGCUUGAUUGCCAGCGGUAUCUUCAGCUUCACUUUCAUAAUAUUCUACACUCCUUAUGUUUUCCAUAAAAACGGCGAUCCGCAGAUUUAUUUCCUCUCAACAGCUCUUCUAAACUAUGCCAUUAAAAAAAUUCCAUUGCAUCUUUUAUUGAUUGGUUGCUAUUUCGCAGCUUUCAACACGGCUCGAGCUGUCAUUCUCUGUUUCAAAUAUCGUUUUGAUGCGGUGAUCUAUGGACGAUUCAGGGAUCAAUAUUUACGAUGGGAUAAAUAUCUCGUUUAUCCAUUAAUCAUUUUUCCGUUUAUUGCUACGAUAUUUAUUGUUCCAAAUGCCACCCAUUCGACGGGUUUUCGAGCAGUUGUUAAAUCCAUAACCUUAUCCACUUCAAAUCUCGAAAUCGAAGUCGAACCCCUUGUUCUCGAUCUAAACUUAUGGCUGAAAAUCCUCCAAAUAGCUGCCUUUCUCCCAUGUGGCAUUUUGACGACAUUUUAUAUUUGUGUGACUUAUGUUCUACUAUAUUUGAAUCGAGUUGUCGCUAAGCAACAAUCGAAAAAGAUUCUUUCGACACAAAGAACAGCUUUCACUAUGUUGUUAAUUCAGAGAAACGGCACCCUCAAAUGGACUGGUGGAUCUGCGUUUGACUAUCAAAAGGUCCCGUGCUUUGAUACAAAUCAGGAU